AGUUGGAAGUUUGUGUCUGAAUCCUCAAGUCCUUCAACCUCGGGGACGUCUCGGGGAUUUUUUUUUCUUGUGAAAUUUUUCUUCAACCCUCCCAAAGACUCCUUUCUGUCUGGGUGGGGUGUGUGUUUGUUGAGAUGGGUGCAGAAAAAAUCGGGCGUGAACGCUAAAAAUCACAAUUUAUUGGGGAGAUUCGAGAGUAAAAUUGUUAAAAGUUUGUGGAAGAUUUUUUCUUUUACUGGUGGUGUCCUUCACACGGGGUGGGAACUCACCUUGAAUUUUCACAUGAAAAAAAAAUUAUUAGGACUCAAAGUAUUUGCAAAUUCAAGGGAAAAAUCUACGAAAAAGAAGCUCUUUGGGGAGGAAGGAAAAAAAGACAUUUGCUGGAGAGUCCGGAAGUUUUUGGGGGAAGAGAAAAUUGUGCUCUGUAAUUCUUGCUGGUGGAAUUCUGGUGGUUGUGAAGCGAAAAGGGCGUCAAUUUGUGUGGGGGAGGUGUGGUAGAGAAUUUCUGCGUGUGUAAGAGGAAGAAGAAAAAUGAGGGUGGGUUUGUGCCUCUUGGGUGUUGUCCUGUGCAUCACCGCGGUGCAUCGUGCAUCAGGAUGGCGCUCAGGGACAUCCACAAAGUCCAGCGGGGGAAAGAAUGAACUCAACAUUGGUCUCAUUGCACCUCAUACGAAUUUCGGGAAGCGCGAGUACCUUCGUGCUGUGAAUUCAGCUGUGCUGGCCCUUUCGAAGACACGAGGACAGAAGCUAACUUUCCUCAAGGACUACGUCUUCCAACCGGCCAACAUUCACUUCGACAUGAUGUCCCUCACACCCAGUCCAACGGCCAUUCUCAAUACACUCUGCAAGCAAUUUCUACAGGUGAAUGUUUCAGCAAUUCUGUACAUGAUGAACUACGAGCAAUACGGCAGGAGUACAGCUUCUGCCCAAUACUUCUUGCAACUGGCUGGGUAUCUGGGAAUCCCGGUAAUCUCGUGGAAUGCCGACAAUUCCGGCCUCGAACGUCGAGCAUCACAAUCAACACUACAACUGCAACUAGCACCGAGCAUUGAGCAUCAGAGUGCAGCAAUGUUGAGUAUCCUGGAGCGCUACAAGUGGCAUCAAUUUUCCGUGGUAACCUCCCAGAUUGCCGGACACGAUGACUUUGUGCAGGCAGUUCGUGAGAGAGUUGCCCAAAUGGAUCAUUUCAAGUUCACAAUUCUCAAUUCCAUCAUUGUCACACGUCCCAGUGAUUUGAUGGAGCUGGUGAACAGUGAAGCACGUGUGAUGCUGUUGUAUGCCACAAAGAGUGAGGCAAUUGAUAUCCUCCACGCAGCGGGAGAUCUCAAGUUAACUGGCGAGAAUUACGUGUGGGUUGUGACGCAGAGUGUGAUCGAGAACACCCAGACACAUCCACAAUUCCCCGUUGGGAUGCUCGGGGUGCAUUUUGACACAUCCAGCGGGCAGUUGGUGAAUGAGAUUGCAACAGCUAUUAAAGUUUUUGCCUAUGGGGUGGAGUACUACCUCAAUGAGCCUGGGAAUCAUGGUAGGAAGCUCAAUACGCAUCUUCUGUCGUGUGAAAAUGAAGGAAAAGCCCGUUGGGAUCAUGGGGAAAUAUUUUUCAAGCAUCUCCGGAACGUCUCAAUUGAAGGAGAUACCAAUAAGCCCAACAUUGAAUUUACAGCCGAUGGAGACCUGAAAUCAGCUGAAUUGAAGAUUAUGAAUCUCCGGCCGAGUGUCAACACCAAGGGGUUGGUUUGGGAGGAAAUUGGAGUGUGGAAGUCGUGGAUGCCACAGAAACUCGACAUCAGGGAUAUUGCCUGGCCUGGAAAUUCACAUGCACCACCUCAGGGAGUUCCAGAGAAGUUCCAUCUCAAGAUUACUUUCCUCGAGGAAGCUCCAUACAUCAAUUUAUCCCCAGCAGAUCCAAUUAGUGGGAAAUGUUUAAUGGACAGAGGUGUGCUGUGUCGUGUGGCAUCAGACACAGAUAUGGCGGAUGUGGAUGUUGCACAGGCACACAAGAAUAGUUCCUUCUACCAAUGCUGCAGUGGUUUCUGCAUUGAUUUGCUGGAGAAGUUUGCUGAAGAGCUGGGCUUCACGUAUGAGUUGGUUCGCGUUGAGGAUGGUCGUUGGGGGACGUUGAGCAAUGGAAAAUGGAAUGGUUUGAUUGCAGAUCUUGUGAAUCGCAAAACGGACAUGGUUCUCACAUCACUAAUGAUUAAUGCUGAACGAGAGGCUGUUGUGGACUUUAGUGAACCCUUCAUGGAGACGGGAAUUGCCAUUGUGGUGGCCAAGAGAACGGGAAUAAUUUCGCCAACAGCCUUUCUUGAGCCCUUUGACACGGCUUCGUGGAUGCUCGUGGGGAUUGUUGCCAUUCAAGCAGCAACAUUUAUGAUUUUCUUGUUUGAAUGGCUCUCACCCAGUGGGUAUGACAUGAAGCUAUCUGUCCAGACAACUGGUUCCGUUAUGCCGUACCGAUUUUCCCUCUUCCGCACAUACUGGCUCGUCUGGGCUGUUCUCUUUCAAGCUGCUGUUCACGUGGAUUCACCACGUGGCUUUACAGCAAGAGCCAUGACAAAUGUUUGGGCAAUGUUUGCUGUUGUCUUCCUUGCUAUCUACACUGCAAACUUGGCUGCCUUCAUGAUCACUCGUGAGGAAUUUCAUGAAUUCACAGGACUUGAUGAUCACAGACUCGCCAGGCCAUUCUCGCAUAAACCAACAUUCAAAUUCGGAACGAUCCCAUGGAGUCAUACGGAUUCCACCAUUGCCAAAUACUUUGAGGAAAUGCAUUACUACAUGUCUCAAUACAACAAGACAAGCGUUGCUGAAGGUGUAGCAGCUGUACUCAAUGGGAACUUGAAUGCUUUCAUCUACGAUGGAACUGUUCUGGACUACCUCGUGGCUCAAGAUGAGGAUUGUCGCCUCUUAACUGUUGGCAGUUGGUACGCCAUGACCGGCUAUGGGUUGGCAUUUAGCAGGAAUUCCAAAUACGUGGAAAUGUUCAAUAAAAGACUUCUAGAAUUCCGCGCUAAUGGAGAUCUUGAGCGUCUUCGAAGAUAUUGGAUGACUGGAACGUGUCGUCAGGGAAGACAGGAACAUAAAGCAUCCGAUCCAUUGGCUCUUGAGCAAUUCUUAUCGGCUUUUCUCCUCCUCAUGGCUGGUAUUCUCUUAGCAGCUCUUUUGCUCCUUCUGGAACAUGUCUACUUCAAGUACUUCCGUAAGCGUCUGGCUAAGUCCGAUGGUGGUGGUUGCUGUGCCCUGAUCUCCCUGUCAAUGGGCAAAUCUCUCACCUUCCGUGGUGCAGUUUUUGAGGCUCAGGAAGCACUACGGAAGCACCGAUGCAGUGACCCAAUUUGCGAUACGCACCUCUGGAAAGUUAAGCAUGAAUUGGACAUGGCACGAUUGAGGAUUCGUCAGCUGGAGAAGGCAAUGGAUCAGCAUGGAAUUAAACCGCCCCAGAUAAAACUCUCCUCCGCUUCGGAUCUUCUCGAUGCAGCCUACAAAGAGAAUCGAUUUCGUCCUCCCUUGCUGGGUAAUUUGAGUCUCGGUGGGAGUGAUCAGAACCUCUUUAGAUGGUCAUAUAAAACGGAAAUUGCUGAAAUGGAGACGGUGCUCUAAAAGAGAAAACGAAGAAAUUAUCUCAAAUAAAAAGGAAACCCUCACAGCUCAGAAUCAUACCCCAAUGGUCCAUCUUUUAGUAUGAAGAAACUAGUCGAACACCUUAGCGCUUCCAUUUGCAAACAAAAAAUGAAUUUUCAACAAAAAAGAAACAUUUUUUCUCUAAAUAAGAAUUCAUAAAAGGAUCUCAUUGCAUUCUGAACUGUGGGAAAGAUUUUUAGUAAUUGACCAGCAGUUUGUCGGUUUCAUCAUCAAAAAAAUUUUCCAUCAUCUUUAAUAAAAGAAAAAGAAAAAACCGCAUCGUCGUCAAAAAAAUUUGUAGUGUGAAGGCAUAAAAAAAUAGUUGUUUAAAAAAUUUCAUUAAAAAAAUAUGAUUAAGCUCAAAAGAAAAUUGAAUGUUGGUUAAAAAAAAAGAUUAGCAGAAAAGAGAAAUAAUUUUAUAGGUUGUAUUUCUUAGAUGCCAGCAAAAAGAAAAGUGAAGAAAACGUUGUCUAUGUGUAAAGGAUAAAUAUUUGAACUAAUAUUUGUUACAUUUGUUACCAUUUUUAACAAUGAAAGAAGAAAGGAGAAGAACAUACUACAUACCCCGUAUUAUUCGUAAAAAAAAAGAAUGUUAACAGAUUUAUCAAUUGAUGGGCAAAAAUGUCUCGAUAUCAGUCACCCAGAAAGGAUUGAAAGUCCCUAAAUGCAUUAUAAACUAAUGGAAAGUAUUAAAAAAAAUUAUACCAUGAAAUAAAUAAAUAUAACUGUAG